GUCUGUAAACGGGGGUUUCCAGGGUGAAACGGGCAAAUUAAAAAUAGUUUGGGGGCUUAAUGCGCCAUGAAUCUGCUAUGGCAGCAUAUAGACAUAUUGUUCUACAAAACACAACAGUUCUUUUGGCUUAAAAUACAGCAGUUUCUUUUAAAGAGGAGUGCAAGAGCAGAAGCGGCUUUUUCAGUCUUGUCUGUUUUCUGCCAUAUAUAUAUCUCAUACGUAUUACAUUCGCAGUGCUUAAAAACUUCAUUAAAAUAUACGUUUUUUUUUAAUUACUUUUUUAAACAGUUUUUUAUGUAUCUCUUUACAAUGUUGUUAAAUCUGAAAAAAUACACUGAGCAUAAAAAAUAUAUAUAUAUUUUUUUUUUUAUGUAAAUAGGCUCCGCCUCUACUCAGCGGGGCGGGGGGGUUGUUUGUUUGUUUUUGUUUUUUUGUUUGUGUUUUUUCGAGGGGGUCGCCAUUAACGAGAGAGAGGGAUUAACCGCGGAAAAACUUUAACUGCGACACUAGGUGGCGAUAAUGCACCAAAUAGCUGGCUUUCACUUGCCAGUAAAUACAAGGAAGAAGUCACGUCGCUGUCAGUUGUUUUGGACGACUCUCAACAAUGCUAACUGUUUGUAUUGCAACCCGCAUUUUUACUUAGUUACUUUUUCCCAAAAAAUCAUAUAAUGUGGAGGUUAAGCAGAGUUCGACAUAAAGCCGCCCGAGCAGGCAACAGCCUGGAGGAGUUCCGUUUAAAGAGGCAAAAGCACGAAACAGCACUUCGUCAGGCCCGCCGAGAUAAACAACUGGUCAGCAAGCGACUCCUGCUAAAUGAAGAGGACGGGCAGCAAGACGCCCAUAUGGACACUUGUUCAGAUGAUAAGGAUAUUGUCGGUUUGCUCCACAAGCUUCAACUCAGUGGUCCAGAGAAGGAAGCCUACCUUAAAACUUUAAGCAAAUCCCUUCAUGAUCCACUGGCUCAGCUUGUCUUCAUCAAGCAAGAGAACAGUAUUCAUAUGCUGGUCAGCCUACUCACCGGAUCCAACACUCGGUGUCGCCUUCAAUCUGUCCGCUGUCUACACGAGCUCUCUCAGUCUCCUCACCCAAGUGUGGCCCCAGCCUGCCUGCCUGCUACGCCCUACCUACUUACCUAUCUGUCUGGACAAAGCACCAGAUUCACUGAGCUUUGUCUUUACACGCUUGGUAACUUGUGUCCGGACAGUGACAUUGUGAGAAAGAAACUUUUGGCUCAGGGAAUCAUUCCAGCACUGGCCACCUGUAUAGAGAAUCAAAGUCAUAAUAUGGCAGUUGUUGAAGCUGCCGGCUUUACGCUGUCACAGCUUCUCCAAACCACAGAAGCGUCAGAGAAAAUAAUCACGUUGGUUCUUGCCUCUAAUUUACCUUCACACCUUUUAGCAGUCCUGACUCCCAACCAGAAUUUUUCCCUUGGCCCUGCCAUUGAGUGUGCGUGGUGUCUGCACUACCUGACAUGCAGUGGUGAGAAUAACCAAGCGCUUUUGGAUUGCGGAGCUCUGUUGCAGUGCAGUAAAUUGUUAGUGUCACUGGGUGGCACUGUUGCUCAAGGAAACAAAGACGACGGACUAGAACUGCUUGUCUGUCCUCUGCUGAGGUGCAUGGGGAACCUCCUGUCCUGCUGCACAUCAACCGAGACGAACGCUUGUUUGAGUGACAUCGGGCUCGAAGCCGCUCUGUGUGCUCUGCUUCAGGCUUAUGUCCACUCUCGACCCUAUUUGGCGAGAGAAAGUGCCUGGGUCCUCAACAAUCUCACAGCGCAAUCCAAUUUAUUUUGUUCGGCCCUGAUAACGCUCAACUUGGUCCCGAGGUUGAUCCAGCUUCUGCCAUUCUCUCAAGGCAUCAAUACGAUGAUCCUGAGAGUUCUAGCAAACGUGGCCCACAAGAAAAAGGAGUUCUGCAUCAAGUUGGCUGAGAUCGGACUGCUUUCAUCCCUCUUGGCCACACUUAAAAUGGCAGAUCAAGACGUGAUUACCCUGAGUCUGGAAAUCCUUUUUAUACUCUUAUCUAGUGGUUCUCAUGUCAUAAAGGACUUCGUUAGUCAAGGUGGCAUUUCACUUGUGGAAACUUUCCUUUACUCCAGCGAAGAAAAUGUAAGACGAAGGGCAUCAUACCUCCUGGAUCAUCAUCAUCUUUCUCCUUCCUCACCGCGCUUUGUAAAUUCUUCACUAUGUUCAUCAAAUUACUUAUAACUAGGACUUAGUAGUAAAUUGUUUAACUGUCGUAGGGCAGCUGCAUCCUGCCUUCUUGACACAGAUGGGCAGUGCAACAUUAAAUACAAAUGUAUUUGAAACGCAUAUGAGAGGAAAACUACUCAUUGCAUUUUUAACACCCCCGCCCCUCCAAACAGGUUGUGCAUUUUAUUGUUUUGAAAUGUCAUGUGAAGCACUGUAUUUUAGUCGGUUUGGAUUUUUUUUUAACUGUAAAUGUGUAUUAAUGUAGUAUAUUUUGCGAUUUUCAGUGCAAGAUGUUUUUACACCUCAGUGUCCUCCUGAGUCAUGCAUUAAAGACUGACAAAUAUACAUCUAUACAGUAUAGAUGUCAGUGUUGUUUUCGACAGACCUUUUCAUUUUUGUUUUAGUAUUUCAGAUGAUAAUACUUAUUAGUCGUAUUUUAAUCAUCUCAAAAUGUGUUUGUCUAGUUUUUGUUGAGGAAAACACAGGACUAAUCUCAUCUAGUUUUAGUCGACAUUUACUAAAAAUGUUUUUGUCUGUAAAAUAAAAUGAACUUUACUCCAAAAACAAGUCGAUAAAGGUUUCUAACUAUUUCGAAUGAAUAUCGGUAGACAAGCACAUAUUGUUGUGUCUACACGGAGAACACCUAUUUGGUGAUAAGGAAAACAGUACAUUAUUUUCACUUAGUUAUACCCACCUGGAGGCCACGAACUGUAUGUGUUUUAAAAAAAAAAAAAAAAAAGUCCCAGAGUUUAAAAAAACACUCGUCAUUACCAUUAGCCUAAUGCGAUGCUAACACUAUGAGUUACAUUUACUGUGUAAUGAUCACUCAGCACUAACCUUUAAAGUCUAAAACAAGAUUGCAUAUUCUCUCUGGCCAAGAUCAGAAAACAACUCUUACCAUGUUUGCAAGCCUUGAGACUAUAGAGUACACCUCACUGGUGGGGGUGGGGGGAGUGGUUGCAGUACGUCACAUGAGAGAUGAAACCAGACACCGCUAGAUGCAUACAUAAAAUGUCACACGUGAACAUAUGACGGAAACUAUUACCCAUUUUCGUCCCGUUUUCAUCUCAUCAGAUGAAAACUGGCAUUAGGCCUGUUAUGUUUUAGUCUCCAAAAACACGUUUUUAGCCUGUUAACAUCUCAUUAUCAUCAUGUAAAAAAUGUUCAUUGACGAAAUAUUUUCGUUAUACUCAUCAUUGACGAAAACAACACUGAUAUACAUUAUAUACACUGCUGGCCAAAAAUAUUGGCACCCCUGCAAUUCUGUCAGAUAAUGCUCAAUUUCCCCCAAAAAAUGAUGGCAAUUAUUGCACGGUAGACACAGGAACAUUCAGGUCUUUGGAAAUAGACUUGAGAUUGACCAUGCUUCCUCACAAUUUUGCUUCUGAAGUCCUCAGGCAGCUCUUUGGUCUUUUUUUCUUUUUUCCAUGUACACACAAGGACACAGGACAUAGGUUGAGUCCAAUUUAAUCCAUGUUAACUGGCUGCAGGUGUGAUUCAGUUAUUGCCACUUCCUGUUAUGUGCCACAGGUGAGUGGCAGGUGCUGUUAAUCACACAAAUUUGAGAAUUAUCACAUAAUUUUUCAAAGGGUGCCAAUACUUUUGUCCGGCCCACUUUGGGAGUUUUGUGUAAAAUGAUCAUGAUUAAUUUAUUUAUUUAUUUAAUUCUCUUAUGUGUUUUUUCAUUGCAAGAAGCAAAACAAAUGAAGAUAUUACUACCAAAGCAUUUGUAAUUGCAAUCAUUUUCUGGAGAGAAAUUGAGUGUUAUCUGAAAGAAUUGCAGGGGUGCCAAUACUUUUGGUCAGCAGUGUGCGGUACAUAUUUGAAAUUUCUAUUAUUGGUUCUUCAUAAAUAUAGAAGAAUCAUGCAUUUUUUUUUAUUUUAUUUUUUUUUUUAAAUGUCUUCAUACACAGCCAAUGUACUUUUAUUAGUUCAUUUGUAUCAGGAUUUUUUAAGACUGAAACUUUAUUUUGUAAAUGUCUUUUUCAUGAAUUUAGCUGCCUUUUAUGAAAUA